GGGGGAGAGAGAGGAGCAUGAGCGCGCAUCUGCCUUCUGUCAAAAGUGACAGCUGUGUCCACUGCCUCCCCUGUGAACGCAGCGUACCAUUAUUCCACGAUGGGCUUCAUCAGCCGAGCCGCACGCUGCCUCUGAGGUGUCGGCCGUCAGUUGUGCUGUCUUUGGUUGUUCUUCUAUUUUUGUUUCAGAAUAUGUAACGUCUGAUUUCAAGGGAGCACGUCAGUGCGUUAUCACUGCGCGCAGCGACAUUUCAUCUGACGGCGCGAGAGUUUCCAGUCUCAAAACUGCAAGACGUUUGCUUUCAUUCAAACACGCUUUCUUUUUAUUUGCAUUCCAACUCGGCGACUUUUCACUGUCUCGAGGAUCCCACUGGCGUUCUUGUGUCAUUUUUGUUUAAUUCCUGGACUGUAAACACGUGUUUCCUUCACAAUGCGCUCGACUUCUAGAUUAUCUUCUUUGUCUUGCUCGCUCGUCCUUGAAUAAGAGAGAAAAGCAGAAUAACAGGGCUCUUGAAUCUGUCCAAGCGUGAAAAUGCCUGUACGCCGGGGACACGUCGCUCUCCAGAACACCUAUCUGGACACCAUAAUCAGGAAAUUCGACGGGCAAAAUCGUAAAUUCCUGAUUGCAAAUGCCCAGAUGAAGAACUGUGGGAUCAUCUACUGCAAUGAGGGCUUCUGUCAGAUGUUUGGCUUCUCGCGGGCGGAGAUCAUGCAGCAGUCCUGCAUGUGUCAGUUCCUGGUGGGGCCGGGCACUAUGAAAAGCGCCCUGGCACAGCUGGCGCAGGCCCUGCUCGGGUCAGAGGAGCGCAAGGUGGAGAUCCUGUACUACUCUAAGGAAGGGACAUGCAGGCCAUGUUUGGUUGAUGUGGUUCCAGUAAAGAAUGAGGAAGGAGUCGUAAUCAUGUUCAUCCUAAACUUCCAGGAGCUUUUAGACCCGUCCCUGAAAAAAGGUGGCAUCAAACAGCGAAUGACAAACAGCUGGCUACGGGCAGGUCAGAAACGUAAGAUGAGGCUGCGAAUGCCCUCUCUCCGUGUGAAACGACAACCGUCCCUCUCUAGGGACCACUUUGAGGGAGUGGUGGUGGACUACCUACAGCCCUCUCAUGAGGAGGUGGCCCUGAAAGAUCUCCAGAUGUCUCCAGACAGCUGCUUGAAAUCAGAGACCCAGGCCUUGAUUCAGCAGACCCCCUCCACAUGCAGCUUCUCAUCCCCACUCACACAGCCCUCAGACCGGCUAGAGCCCGGUGGACCCCCUCUCAAACACAGCCACUCCAGAGAGAGCGUCCGCAGCCUGCGCCGGGCCUCUUCACUGCACGACAUCGAUGGAAUGAGGGAUCAGUGGAGCGAUUUGAAGCCCAGUAACUUGAACUCCACCUCAGACUCUGAUUUGAUGCGGCACCGCGCUAUUGGCCGCAUCCCUCAGGUGACGAUAUCCUUCGGCUCAGACCGUCUCAGACCACCUUCCCCCGCAGAGAUCGAGAUCAUAGCACCCAGCAAGAUUAAAGACCGCACGCAGAACGUCUCGGAAAAGGUCACUCAAGUCACGCAGGUACUGUCACUUGGGGCAGAUGUGCUUCCUGAGUACAAGCUUCAAGCUCCACGCAUCCACAAGUGGACCAUCCUCCACUACAGCCCGUUCAAGGCAGUAUGGGAUUGGAUUAUCCUCCUCCUGGUGCUAUACACAGCUGUCUUCACGCCCUACUCGGCCGCCUUCCUCCUCAACGAGCAGGAGGACGAGAGGAGGCGUACCUGUGGCUACACCUGCAACCCCCUCAACGUAGUGGACCUGGUGGUGGAUGUCAUGUUCAUAAUCGACAUCCUCAUCAAUUUCAGGACCACGUAUGUCAAUCACAACGACGAGGUGGUCAGCAACCCCACUCGCAUCGCUCAGCACUACUUCAAGGGCUGGUUCCUCAUAGACAUUGUGGCUGCGAUUCCCUUCGACCUGCUCAUUUUCAGAUCAGGUUCAGAUGAGCCUCAAACCACCACUCUGAUUGGUCUUCUGAAGACUGCGCGGCUGCUGCGAUUGGUGCGAGUAGCGAGGAAGCUGGACCGUUACUCUGAGUAUGGCGCGGCAGUGCUCUUCCUCCUCAUGUGCACCUUUGCCCUCAUCGCUCACUGGCUGGCAUGCAUCUGGUAUGCCAUUGGCAACGUGGAGCGUACCAGCUCUGCUCGGAUUGGAGGCAUGAAGAUCGGCUGGCUGGACAACCUGGCUGACCAGAUUGGCAAACGCUACAAUGACAGCGAUUCCUUCUCUGGCCCCUCCAUCAAGGAUAAAUACGUAACUGCACUGUAUUUCACCUUCAGUAGUUUGACCAGUGUGGGAUUUGGAAACGUCUCUCCUAACACCAACCCUGAGAAGAUUUUUUCCAUUUGUGUCAUGCUCAUUGGCUCCCUGAUGUAUGCCAGUAUCUUUGGCAAUGUGUCAGCUAUAAUUCAGAGACUGUAUUCAGGCACAGCUCGCUAUCACACUCAGAUGCUACGUGUGAAAGAGUUCAUCAGAUUUCAUCAGAUCCCAGGAGGCCUUCGACAACGACUAGAAGAGUACUUCCAGCACGCCUGGUCCUACACUAACGGCAUUGACAUGAACGCUGUGUUGAAGGGUUUUCCGGAGUGUCUGCAGGCUGACAUCUGUCUGCAUUUGAACCGCAGUCUGCUGCAGAACUGUAAGGCAUUCGGGGGAGCGAGCAAGGGCUGUCUGCGGGCCCUGGCCAUGCGUUUUAAGACCACCCAUGCCCCACCUGGUGACACUCUGGUUCAUAAUGGAGAUGUUUUAACCGCACUUUAUUUCAUCUCCCGCGGCUCCAUAGAGAUCCUCAGAGAGGAUGUGGUCGUGGCCAUUUUAGGUAAGAAUGAUAUUUUUGGGGAGCCCAUCAGUCUAUAUGCCAGGCCGGGGAAAUCAAAUGCGGACGUGAGGGCUCUGACAUACUGUGACCUGCACAAGAUCCUCAGAGACGACCUGCUGGAAGUGCUAGACAUGUACCCUGAUUUCUCCGACAGCUUCUGGAGUAACCUAGAGAUCACAUUCAACCUUCGAGAUGCAGACAGAAUCAUGCAUGCAACCCCAAGCGAGGACUCAGAAUGUGGGUACCGUCGACCCAGACAUCGGAGGAACCCCUUACAGCGAAAUCGACCUGAUGGGAUGGACCGAGAUGGGAUGGACACAUACCCAGUUCAGUCCUGUUCGCCUGUGGGGAACCACCGGGGGGCAAUACCGCUCUCACACUGGGAUGAGUUAUGCAGCAAUACCAGUGCUGCUUCCUUGUCCAGUGAGGAGGACAUGAAACCCCUGGUAUCUCGCCGAGGGCAAAUGUACUCGCCAGGGACAGAGAUGCAAGAAUACUCCCCUUCUGCAGUCAGCCUCAUGCCCCUUGGAAACAGCACAGCUUCUGCCAUGGGAGGACCACCGGGAGGGACACAUCCGUACACAGCGACUCCUCUGAACGUGGCGGGGUUAUAUGGCUAUUUGCCCGACCGCAGGGCCAGUCAGUACUCAGAGAGUCAAAGACGUUCCUCUGCAGUGCAGGCCUGCUACCACCAUCACAGCGCCUGUGUCGAGGACAGACCGAGUCAACUGCAGGCGCGUCUGGAGCUGCUGCAGUCGCAGCUCAACAGACUGGAGACCAGGAUGACAGCUGAUAUAAAUGUGAUCCUGCAGCUGCUGCAGAGGCAGAUGGCGCCUGUACCCCCUGCCUACAGCGCUGUUUCCCCAGAACCGCUGGCCCACCCUGCUCAUCCCACCAGCCUGUACACCACAGCAACGCACAGCACCAUGCCAUCUUUACAGAUCAAUGACAGUUCAUCACCUGGUAAGAGCCCUGAUUUGGACAGCUUCAAAGAGAAGUCCCCAGACUCCUUGUCCAGUGGGAUCCAUCUAACCGUCGCCUCCAAUGACACCAUGUCCAUGUCCCCAGAGACAGAGCUGGCUGUGCCCACAGGACUGAAUCCUCCCGGAGAGCCUCAUCUACAGCCCCCGGGACUGCUGUGUAGAAGCAUGCGCUUCCCAUCGCUCCCAGACAGCCUGGAGAGUCCGAGCACGCUGGAGGGAUCACCGGAAAUCCAGAGGCACGUGUCCGAUCCAGUCUUACCUGGAAGCUAGAGGCCAAAAACAGACUACUGUCCCUUCUAAGACAUAUACGGUUUCCCUUUUCAAACAGCUCAAUAUUGCACUUCUGCAAUAAAAUGUAUUAAUGUUACUCAUUAGUUCAAAGGGUGCCCAGUAGAGAAAAAUGGUGACUGUAGUUUUCUCUAAGUCUCUGAGGUGUUUUGUCUCAUAUCCCUUCUCAUUCAGAGCAGGAAUUCUUCCGCUGACGCGAGAGUAUUUGGUAACACUCGAAUUUUGUGUUAUCGAAUAUGAAGAGGGCAAUAAAGCGGGCAAUAAAGACAAGAUCAAAGAGUCAAAGAGAGAUACUACAUUAUGAGCACCUGCCACCAUCAUGUAAUAAUUGUACAUUUUUGUCUGUCUGUUUGAGAUUUGUCAUUACAUACUAAACCUCAUCUUGUCUUCUAACGUCAACUGAGAUUCAAAGGUCGAAUCCUCUGAGGAAAUGACACAUAUACCUGGGCUUUCAAUUGCGUGUGUGUACUGAUAUUCUUUUCAAUGUAUACAUUUUCUAAUUAUAUACUAUUAUAAAUAUAUUUAUAUAUAUAUAUUUUGUGUCAGGUUAGGUGUUUGACCCAUUACUGACUGGCACAAAAAAUGAAGCUUUGUAUAUUUGGAUUCAUAGUAACCAAAUAGGCAUGCAUUCAGGGUUAUGAAAUGAUAUUUCUCACUGAAGUGGUUAUUUUAACUGCUGAUGGGUGGUGUGACUGCGUGUGUGUAUGUCUGCGUGUGUUAUGACUUACGUGUGAUCUUUAGGAAAUGUGAUCACUGAAUUCGAGAAAUUUGAGAAAA